AUGGAGGAACUGCAGAAGGCAGCCGACAAUUUAUCUGCCAACUUCGAUCGCAGCAGGAACAAACAAGCAACUCUGGCACAGAUGCCCAAGACAAUCAGCAAAGUGCAUCAGGAACGACUGGCUUCCAGAGAACAUCUACAAGCCGUGGUGCACAUGACGAAUUUGUUGUCUGUGGAAUUGGUGAGGCCACAUGUUGGUUUGAAAGGUGCCGAUCCCUCGAACAAGCUCGCCCGCCUGACUUACGGAAAGUACUCUUUCUUGUGCCACACUGAAACGGGACGAGCAGAGUGGGAGCAGAUCUCGACGGACAUCAUGCGCUUAGUCUUGCAGGCAGACCAAGGCGGUCCCCUUUACGCUGCCUACCAAUUCCUUGCUGGCAAGGGAUAUCCUGUCGCCUUCUCUCGCGAUGAGGUGAUGUCAGGUGCUGACAGGCUGGUUAAUGAAAGCCCGCCGGAGUCCGUGGCGGACAGGCCGGACAGGAACGGGUUCAAAGUGGAAGAGGACGCCUCUCUGAACUUCGACCGCGUCGUUGCUGUUCUACACAAAGUGUGCAAGAAGAUUGGAGAAGGAGGGGAAGACUACGAGAAGGUGGUGGACCUCUGCAUGAAGGCUCGAAGCUCAUCGACUUUUCAGUUCCUUGAGUCACAUUUGCAAGCCAUGGUGCGACAUGGUUCUUUGGCUCGUGCCAUGCCUGCAAUCUGCCCAGUAGUUAGUUGCAGUCUCGCACAUUGUUCAUACUUGAAUGUGAGUUUCUCGCAUAUCGCCAAGCAAAGCAACAAAGCCACGAACUUCGCUGUGCACGAGCACACUCUCUUCUGCAACAGCCCCAAGUAUGCAGCCGUCGUGAACAACGUGCUGGUUGACGCUUUCAGCGUUGAGAGCAUGUCUCGACUGGAUAUGGCUGUCGAUUUGCGUCUGGAAGAUAUCAACGGCACCCAGGAAGAGAAGAAACUCAAGCGUCACCUCGCCAUAUGUGCCAUCAAGCGCUCCGACGAGUAUCAGCUGGUAUCCUCUGUCCUGAAGUCGAAAAAUUUGGGCUUCCAGGACGUGGAGGGCAUAGAGUCUCCGCCAGUUACACCGAAGAUACCGCAGGCCAAGUUCAGCAAGAGAAAGUGGGAAGCAAUGGUGUAUCACUUCAGGCGCAAGAUUCGUGUCUACUACGCGCUGACCCAAGGAAGUAGCUUGUAA